CAGUUCGUAUGGCUAACACUACGGUACCGUACCUGGUUAUGAAAUAAAGCGAUGUAGCACAGCGAAAACAGCGCUGUGUUUAUAAGGGGCAGUUUCCGGCGAAUGCACAGUCAUCAUUUUGCGGGAAAUGAAAAUACAUGGAGUCAUUUGAAAGCUAUGCGUUUUCCCACACAGUUGGCAGGCAGGUAUUUUCCUACAACCAGGCGUCGCACUGGAAAAGCAUCAUUCCACUUUGCACCGCCACUAGCUGCGAUAUAGCAUAAAUGCUAGGUAACUGACGGACACCGCGCAUGUUUCUGUUUGUGCAUAGAUGCAUUAUUAACAGGCAGCGGUGGAUUUUUUCUUUUCUAAAUUUCAUGGAUUGACGUUACUCGCCUCAUGGGGGACACAGACACACUUCCACCACUCAAAACCUCCAGACUUAAAACUCUGAGGUGACCAUUAUGUGUUAUCUGAUAUUUCCUUAAUCGAUGUGAGGAGAAGAACGGGGAUAGGUGACAUUUCUUUUACAACUGCAAGUUUAUAUCGGCGUAUUUUAAGUGUGCUUCACCUUUUGCUCGUAGAGGAAACUUUAGGCAUAGACUGUGAGGCAGGAUGAAGGAUGUGGAGCAGCUCUUCUGACUGGAUCUGCUGAGGACUGUCACACCUCACCAGCUGCGUGUGGACAGAGCAGGCAGUGUUAACCCAGGCCAGCCCUCAGGCUUCCCUGCACCAAGAGACACUGAACUGGGUUUUCUGCGCACAGGCACCCAGCUUGUACUCACCCAACUUGUAUUGCAAAUAAUUUGUCUGUGCCAGGCUGUUUGGACCAUCAGUGACCCAGUAUGACAAGGCACUUUUGUGGCCUGCUAGCCUGUCAACCUUAAGUGUAUAUAGACAGCAAUAAUAAGCAUCUUCAUGUGCAGAAUAUGUUGAACUGCAGGGUCACAAAUGUUCUUGCAUCUUACAUCAAGGACCCUUGAUUUGCUGCCCACACUCAGUAGACUGAUAUUGCUGAGAGGCUGCAGCAGGGGACCUCUUCUGAAGUUAUUGUGGCUUUCUAUGUGAAUUAUCAUCUGGGACACAGACACCUACAGUUACAUGACUGGAUCCUCACUGGAAUUAGUCCUUUUCUUUUUCACUUGGAUACCUCCCCAAAGGCCAUCUGUGGUCCCUGGAAUCAAAUUUAAGAGCCAGUGGUUGGUGUUGUCCUCCUUGAAGUUUCCCAAAAUGUUUCCUGUUUUUGUGCCACUUUGAAGGACCUCUUUGACCAUGCAGUAAAGACAGAAGUGGAAGCCUUAUUGAGAGUGAAGUUUACGCAGUAGCCAUGCCUAUCAGAAAAAAAGACACAGCUCGGGCCCUGGUGCUUUUGGAGGAAUACUGCACUAAACUGAGGAAACCAGAGGAGCAGCAGCUCAAAACUGCCAUUCAGAGAGUGAUGGGGAUUUUCAAAAGUAACCUGUUUGAAGCUCUUCUGGAUAUCCAGGAGUUCUAUGAAGUGACUCUGUUAAACACACAGAAGAGCUGCGCACAAAAGCUAGAGGAGGUCAACCACAUGGCGGACAAGUGGGAGAAAAGUGUUUCUAUACCAAACCCUGCCUGUCCAGUGGAGGAGCAGAGGGAGCAGAGCAGCUUAGAACCCAGUGGGCGAGAGCAAGCAGAGUGCAGUGCCUUUGAGAACAGGCCACCAGCAGUACAUGGGCCAACCCGCAACGGCCACCACCAACCCUGCAUGAACCCAGCUUUGAUGAACACUACCUGGCAGUAUCCCUACCAAGAAGACCUCUCACCACCUCUUGAGCAGGGAUUCCUACAGCUCACCGGCGAGGUUCGCGCUCCAGAGCUUGUGCAUGUGUCCGAGAAGAACCUGUCCGAGAUCGAAAACGUGCACGGCUACGUGUCCCAUUCCCACAUCUCUCCUCUCAAGGCCAGCCCUGCUCCGAUAAUCAUCAAUACAGACACCUUGGAGUCACUUCCUUAUGUCAACGGCACAGAAAUUGAAUAUGAGUUUGAAGAAAUCACUCUAGAGCGGGGUAACUCAGGACUGGGCUUCAGCAUUGCUGGAGGGACUGAUAACCCCCAUAUUGGUGAUGACCCUGGCAUCUUCAUCACCAAGAUCAUCCCUGGAGGAGCUGCAGCAGAGGAUGGACGCCUGAGAGUAAAUGACUGCAUCCUCCGCGUGAAUGAUGCCGAUGUGUCUGAAGUCUCCCACAGUAAAGCAGUAGAGGCCCUGAAGGUUGCAGGUUCUAUUGUUCGUUUGUAUGUGCGCCGCCGCAGGCCAAUGCUAGAAACCAUCAUUGAGAUCAAGCUCAUCAAAGGACCUAAAGGACUUGGCUUCAGUAUUGCAGGUGGAGUCGGAAACCAGCACAUCCCUGGUGACAACAGCAUAUACGUCACCAAAAUUAUUGAUGGCGGAGCCGCACAAAAGGAUGGCCGGCUACAAGUUGGAGACAGAUUAUUAAUGGUGAACAACUAUAGUUUGGAGGAAGUUUCUCAUGAAGAGGCUGUGGCCAUUUUGAAGAACACAUCAGACGUGGUCUAUCUAAAGGUGGGGAAGGCCACCAAUGUCUACCUGUCAGAUCCCCACGGGCCUCCUGAUAUCAUGAACUCUUUCUCUCCUCCCAUGGAAAAUCAUAUCUCUUCCCCUAUCAACACGGGCACUCUGGAGUACAAGUGUGGUCUGCCUCCUACUUCCCCUGGGAGUUAUUCCUCACUUCCUAAGCACUUACUAGGGGAAGAAGAUAUAAACAGAAAUCCCUCACUAGAUGACGGGGAGGGGCACAGGUUUGAUUCCCAGCACUUACAGUUGAGGGAACCUAGGAAGGUUGUGCUCCACAAGGGUUCCACGGGCCUGGGCUUCAACAUCGUAGGUGAAGAUGGUGAGGGCAUCUUUGUCUCCUUCAUCCUGGCAGGAGGGCCUGCUGACUUGAGCGGAGAGCUCAGGCGAGGUGACCAGAUUUUAUCAGUCAAUGGCAUUGACCUGCGAGGAGCCACACAUGAACAAGCAGCAGCAGCCCUAAAAGGAGCAGGACAAGUGGUCACCAUCAUUGCUCAAUACAGACCAGAAGAGUAUGGGCGGUUUGAGGCCAAAAUCCAUGACCUGCGGGAACAGAUGAUGAACCACAGCAUGAGCUCUGGGUCAGGAUCCCUCCGAACUAAUCAGAAACGAUCACUCUAUGUGAGGGCACUGUUUGACUAUGAAAAGUCAAAGGACAGUGGUCUUCCCAGCCAAGGGCUUGGCUUCAGGUAUGGGGACAUCCUGCAUGUCAUCAACGCCUCAGAUGAUGAGUGGUGGCAGGCCCGCCAUGUUACUCCACAUGGGGACAGUGAGGAAAUGGGCGUCAUCCCAAGCAAGAGACGGGUGGAAAGGAAAGAGCGGGCACGUCUAAAGACCGUUAAAUUCAAUGCCAGGCCAGGAUCAUUUGAUUUCAAAGGGUCAUUCACUGACAAACGUAAAAAGAAUUUCAUCUUUACACGAAAGUUCCCAUUCUACAAGAGCAAAGAUGGUGAGCAGGAUGGCAGUGAUUCAGACCGAAGUCAAGAGGAAGUGAUUCUCUCCUAUGAACCUGUGAUGCGGCAUGAAAUUAAUUAUGCCAGACCCGUUAUAAUCCUUGGACCCAUGAAGGAGAGAAUAAAUGACGAUCUAAUAUCAGAGUUCCCAGACAAGUUUGGAUCUUGUGUGCCACCUGCUAACAGUUCAGGUUACCAAGAUACCACUCGACCAAAGAGGGACUAUGAGGUGGACGGGCGAGACUAUCACUUUGUGAUGUCCAGGGAACAGAUGGAGAAGGACAUCCAAGAGCACAAGUUCAUUGAGGCUGGACAGUACAAUGAUAACCUUUAUGGAACAAGCGUCCACUCUGUGAAAUAUGUGGCUGAGAGGGGUAAACACUGCAUUCUGGAUGUGUCUGGAAAUGCCAUCAAACGACUACAAGUAGCACAACUCUAUCCCAUUGCCAUCUUCAUAAAGCCAAAGUCUAUUGAUUCAUUAAUGGAUAUGAAUAAAAGACUGACAGAGGAUCAAGCCAAAAAGACGUUUGACAGGGCGAUGAAGCUGGAACAGGAGUUUGGUGAAUUCUUUACAGCACUGGUUCAAGGAGACACCUUGGAGGACAUCUAUAACCACUGCAAACAGGUCAUAGAGGAACAUUCAGGACCCUAUAUCUGGAUCCCCUCAAAGGAGAAACUAUAAUAGCUCGUCACGCUGCAAGGAAAUCUGGACUGUUAGGAUCUAGUAAUAUGAUAACAGUUUGGCAUUGAAUAGUCUUUAUAAAUACUUAUUGUGAAUAUGUUGGCUUUUUUUAAUUUGUUAAUUUUAUCUUUUGUUUGAUUAUUGCUUUGUUUUUCACUUAACAUGAAUGUUCCUGAAUGUAAAAUUCAAAAAUGUUAGGAAAUUUUAGGUCAUGAAUCAUUUGUAUAUUUGCUUUUUUCUUAUUUAAACAAAAAGGACAAAAAAUGUAAUAGAAACUAAAUAAAUUUGGGAUGUUUUUCUGCAUCGCAAACAUUGUGAAAUUGAAAGUGGAAGGAUGAAUAUACAGUGCAGCUGUCUUUGUGUUCCCAGCAAUGGAAGGAAAGCAUCCUUACCAUCACUUCACACUGCAACUAGUCCUGAACACUGCUUUGCUUUGUUUGUUUACAUCAGCAUUUCUACCUUAAAUGAGCAUUUGUGAGGAAAAUGUUUUAUUCACUGUAAGAAUUAUUAUUUUUAUUUAAAAGCAGACAAUAUUCACCCAGUGGCAAUGCUAAGUCACGGGAGAUAGCUGCUCAGAAAGCUAACACUUUAUCUUCCUAAUGAAAUUGCUAGAGAAAUCCAAAGCACAGAUUUAUUUAUUACUGAACUCCAACUUUGAUUCAAGGGUCCUGUACAGAGCAGAUUUAAUUUAAGAGAUUAGUAAUGUGACAGCUUCUGAGGCAGGGAUUCAAAUGAGACUUGGACCAAUAGCAAGGCACUAGUGUUCUUAUAAAAGCAAAAGACCGAUUCCUUUUUUAAAAAUUUGAAAGUAUAAAAUUAUCGAGUUGAAACGACAGAACUAUCCUGGCAAAGCUUGAGUAAAUCAGACAAAAGGAUCUAUAUAUAUAUAUAUAUAUAAAUAUAUACAUUUUGAACAAUCUGCAGUGAAUGCACUAAUGAAGAACUUUUUCAACUUUACUUUUGCAGAGGGCAUUUACGUUUCGAUGACUUGUCUCUUCAGACCGGCUGUUCCAAAGCAAAGCCCGAAAAGUCUCCGGCCACCUGAGUCUGUGCUGCUGUUCAUUUACCAAAUAAAUGAUAAAUGAUUCUUAGUUUGGGAGGCAGAGCAGGUCACAGAGCAGGUCACAGAGCAGGAAGGUUGGUGGUUCAAACUCAUGGGCGAGAUGAAUCCCAAGCUGCUCUCUGUAUACGUUCAUCAGAGUGUAAAUGUUAGAAAGCACUUAUGGGAUUCAAGUUUGGAUAAAUCUCAGAAAAAAAGUGCUUGCAUGAAUGGGUGAAUGAGGCAUUUUAUAUAAGAAGCAGUCCAUUUACCAUUCAUCCAGGGUUUCCCAGUUAAGCUGCAGGGGAAGAAAACUUUGAAAGAUAUCCUCUUUUUAAACUCAGUGAUUUUUCAGGCAAACUCUUGAAUACAUUUUUGCACAGAAUGCAGGUCUCAAACUAUUUGUUGCUUUCGUUGGAGACUCAUUCAGAGGGAUCUCUUAAUUAAGUAAACUCUGUUUCAUGUUUUCAUGUGGCCACCUGAACCUUUUCUAAACCUACUUUGUAUCAUAUAUAAAGUAUAAAUCAUUGGACUGGUCCUAAGAAGCUCUUCAUUGUUUGACCAAUGUGUUUUUGUCUUGUAGCCUUCAUCCAGAUCAUCACAGAAUAUAUUACAGACAUUUUUAAUAGCAUAUGUAUUUGAGUAGAUGUAAAAAUGUAAACAACCAAUCAUAUACAUUAAACGUACAUAUCAACCAA